AUGGGUCGUCACCGUACGCUUCUUCUUUUCCUCGCUCUCUUUGCCGCGAGCCUGAGCGCCUCUCAAUCCAUCAGUGGCGGCGGCGACAUCGACGACGGAGAGAAGAUCUAUGUCGUGUACCUGGGGCACCUGGCAAGCUCGGGGAAUCCCUCGGAGCCUGAAACAUUAUCUACUGCUACUGUGGAAGUUGCUCAUCACGACUUGUUGAGCAAGGUUCUUGACGACGGCAGCUACGCUUCGGACAGGAUCCUCCGUAGUUACAAAAGAAGCUUAAAUGGCUUCGCAGCAAGGCUUACUGAACAGCAGGCAAAUAAACUAGCUGACAUGGAGGGCAUCGUGUCAGUCUUCCCAAGCAAAACCUAUGAGCUUCAAACAACAAGGUCGUGGGACUUCUUGGGCUUGCCUGAAACGCCGCAGGAAGAGCUGCCCUUGGAGGGGGAGGUCAUCGUCGGCGUGCUUGACACCGGCAUAUGGCUGGACUCACCGUCCUUCUCCGACGAGGGAUUUGGCCCACCACCCAGCAGGUGGAAGGGUAUAUGUCAAAACUUCACCUGCAACAAUAAAGUCAUCGGCGCUCGCGCUUACCAUGACGGACUGACCGCCGGCCUCUCGCCAUUGGACGACCAGGGCCACGGCAGCCACACGGCAUCGACCGCGGCCGGCCGGGCGGUCGGCAACGUCAGCUUCGGCGGGCUGGCCGCCGGCACGGCCCGCGGCGCCGUGCCGGGCGCGAGGCUGGCCGUCUAUAAGGUGUGCUGGGACAGCGCCUGCCGCGAGAUCGACAUCCUGGCGGCGUUCGACGACGCCGUCGCCGACGGCGUCGACGUGAUCUCCUUCUCCAUCGCCACCAGGUUCCCGUCCCUCUACUUCAAGAGCGCCGAGGCCAUCGGCUCCUUCCACGCCAUGCGGCGCGGGGUGGUCACCUCGGCCGCCGCCGGCAACUCCGGGCUCAGCGGCGGCCGCGUCUGCAACGUCGCGCCGUGGAUGCUGUCGGUGGCGGCGAGCACCAUCGACCGCCGGUUCGUCGACAAGAUCGUGCUCGGAAACGGCAAGACCAUUGUGGGAUCAUCCAUAAACACGUUUCCACCCGUGAACAAUACGACACUUGCAUUCCCUGUCAACGGGUCUUGUGAUCCAGAUGAUCUUGCCGGGGUUUCAUACAAAGGGAAGAUCCUCGUCUGCCCGCAGGAGGGCGGCUUUCGAACCCAGGCCACAGGUCCAGCAUUGGCCGGCGCAGCAGGAGCCGUCGUCACUGGCAUAGCACCCGACGCCGCUUUCACAAUGCCAUUGCCCGCACUCGUGGUAACCGAAGGCCAGUUCGACGAAAUCAUGGCCUACGUCAACAGCACUAGCAAUCCUGUGGGUACCAUAGAGAGAACUCACACGACGGUGAACCCACGAGCUCCGAUAGCUGCCUCCUUCUCUUCUCCUGGCCCAAACCAGGUCACUCCUGAGAUCCUGAAGCCUGAUCUAUCUGCACCGGGUAUCGACAUCAUAGCCUCAUGGUCAAUGCUUGCACCACCGUCGGACGAUCCUAACGACAAAAGGAGGGUCCAGUACGAGAUUAACUCCGGCACAUCCAUGGCGUGCCCGCACGCCAGCGGCGCCGCGGCGUACGUCAAGUCCCACCACCGCGACUGGUCUCCGGCGAUGAUCAUGUCGGCUCUCAUCACUACCGCCACUCCGAUGAACACGCCGGGCAACGCCGGCAGCAACGACCUCAAGUACGGCGCCGGGCAGCUCAACCCGGCGAGGGCGCGCGACCCGGGCCUCGUGUACGACGCGUCGGAGCGCGACUACGUGGCCAUGCUGUGCGCGCAGGGGUACAACGCCACGCAGCUCGCGCUCAUCACCGGCUCCAAAAACGCCACGGCCUGCGCCGCCGAUAACGGCUCGAGCUCGACGGCCGGCGACCUCAACUACCCGAGCAUGGCGGCGCUCGUGGAACCCGGAAAGAAGUUCACCUUGAGCUUCCCGCGGACCGUCACCAACAUCGGAGACGACGCGGCGGGCGCCGUGUACGACGUGAAGGUCCUUUCCGCUACCGCCGGCGGGGCGGGGGAUCGCCUCGCGGUUGCGGUCGCGCCGAGCAGGCUGGAGUUCGACGCGGCGAACGGGCGGAAGGCGUCGUUCACCGUGACGGUGUCUGGCGUGGUGGCGGAGGCAGGGCAGGUCGUCUCGGCGGCCGUCGUGUGGUCGGACGGCGAGCACGAGGUGAGGAGCCCGGUGGUGGUGUACACGUUGGACUCUGACGACAACGGGUUUAAGCAGUGA